AUGAAGUUCUCAAUCUUCGAUGAGGGCUUGACAGAGGCUCAGAUGAUUGAGCACAUGAAGGAUCUAGCCUCCAAAAACAAAGUUUUCAAAUCCUUCAUUGGAAUGGGGUACUACAACACGUUUGUGCCUCCUGUGAUUUUGAGAAACAUCAUGGAGAAUCCAGCUUGGUACACUCAAUACACCCCUUACCAAGCUGAGAUUUCACAGGGGAGGCUCGAGUCCUUGCUGAAUUACCAAACCAUGAUCACUGACCUCACUGCCUUGCCUAUGUCCAACGCCUCCCUCCUCGACGAAGGGACUGCGGCUGCAGAGACAAUCGAUGUUUGCAAGACUAGGGCUGAUGGAUUCGAUCUCAAGGUGGUUGUUUCCGAUGUGAAGGACAUUGAUUACAGCUCCGGUGGUGCAGUAUCCGGGGACGGAGGGUGA